ACGUGACGCGAGCAGUCACGCGCUUUCCAGGAACCCGUCAGGAAGAAGAAAAACAAAACAAACCUUAGCAGCUUCUAAACGAGCAGCGUGCUGACUUCAUUGACAAAAAGUGGGCCUGUGAUCUUCUCUACAAGGUUUAACACGAAGACAAAGCGCCCUAAGAAUCUGAACAGACCUGCACCGUAGCCAGACCCACAGCAGCAGAGCUCAGGUCAAACCCAGCCCCCUUCUUUCGCACCCCCCAGCCCUCUGUGCCCCUCUGGCCUCUGGGACACCCCGUACUUUUUCUGUGGAGCAGAAAACCCCCCUCACUGCUGGGACUGGACAGGAGAACCAGAGGUUCCCCCACUGCAGCUCUCAGCUGUGCCUGGCAAUGCCUCAGCCCAGUGUCAGUGGGAUGGAGCCUCCCUUUGGGGACGACUUUCAGAACUAUUCCUUUGUGGACCAGGCGCUGACCAGCACCGAGCUGCUGGCCACUAGCUCUGACCCGGACUUCAUGUACGAGCUGGACAGAGACAUGAGCCACAGACAGAGCCCAUGUGGGGACAGCCUGUCGGGAGCGCUGGAUGGGGGUAAGGAGGCGGAGGGGCCCGUGGACCAGCUUAUGGCUCUGGGCGAGAGUGAGAGUGUGUGCAGCGGAUCGGCCUUCGAGCAGUGGGACUCGUACUGGGAGGACCUCACCAGAUACACGCGGCUGACGAGCUGUGACAUUUGGGGCACCAAAGAGGUGGAUUUCUUGGGCCUGGAUGACUUUUCCAGUCCGUACCAGGAUGAAGAGGUGAUCAGUCGCACCCCGACACUGGCACAACUGAACAGUGAGGACUCACAGCCCGUGUGCGAGACGCUCUGCCCCCCCACAGACCUGAGCCUGCCCCCACUGCAGCCCCCGCCCCUUGUGUUUCAACUUCCCGCUCCUAAGAAGAGACCUCCAGUGUCUGGGCAGGGUCCUGGGGCAGCUCGUCCUCCACCCGUGCGCCUGUCCCACAACCUGCUCCCAGAUGUCCCUGAGGGACCACAGAGACCCACGCGGCCUGUUGCCUCCAGCACUGAGACCAUGUCCAAGACCUACGUCCAGGUCAAGCCGGACCCUGAACCUACCCAGGCCAAGCAAUCGGGACGUGGGGCGAAGGCAGUCCCUGUCUCAAACAACACUGACUUUGUCCGUAAGGCUAAAGUGCGUGUGAGCUCUGGGCCUAAGACGGAUGUGACAUCUAAGACUCCUUUUGAAAAGCCUGACCCGGCUCUGUCCCGGGACGAGAAGGCGUCCACCUCCUCCAGCGCCACAUCGAUGGGUCCCCCCAGUGUGAGUGUAUCCGGAGGCUUUGAGAGGCGCCCAGAGGGGCCACCUAGGUCCUCUGUGCCGCAGCUCGUGGAGCCCAGUCAAACUCUGGAAGGACCUCCCUCUGGGUUGGUAGUCAGUGGAAACAGCGUGCCCGGGACAGACACUGUGCUAGUGGUGGAGGGGAGCGAGAAGAGCAAAGAAGAGGAGCACAACUACUCUCUGUUUUUGACUCGCAGCCGGCUCUCCCAGAGAGGCCUGUCCCCCGAUGAGGACGAGGAGGAGGACGAAGAGGAGGAGGAGGUGGAGGAAGAGGAGGAGGGUCUGGACGAUGAAGAUCAUGAUGAAGACCAUGAUGAAGGUUUCGGGAGCGACCACGAGCUGCUAUCAGAGAAUGAGGAGGAAGAUGACGAUGAUGACUAUGAGGCUGACAAGGACGAUGACAUGAGUGACGCCUUUUCGGAGCCAGGCUGCGAUGUCGAGAUGGAGGACAUUAAAGGUCUGACAGCAGGGGUCCCAAGUCGGAAGAGGGGGAAGCGCCGGUACUUCUGGGAGUACAGCGAGCAGCUCACCCCCUCCAAACAGGAGCGCAUGCUGAAACCCUCAGAGUGGGACCGGCACACUCUGCCCAGCAACCUGUACCAGAAGAACGGGCCUCUCCAUGGAAAGUACAUGUUGAAGAAAUCCCGUCGUACGGAUGUGGAGGACCUUACUCCAAAUCCUCGUAAACUGCUGCAGAUUGGGACGGAGCUACGUAAACUCAACAAAGUCAUCAGUGACUUGACCCCUGUGAGUGAACUGCCCAUCAAUGCACGGCCCCGGUCUCGUAAGGAAAAGAAUAAGCUGGCCUCCAGAGCUUGUCGCUUGAAAAAGAAGGCCCAGUAUGAAGCUAACAAGGUGAAGCUCUGGGGUCUCAGCACUGAGUAUGAUCGACUGCUGUUUGUGAUCAAUUCCAUCAAAGAGGAGAUUGUGUCCCGUGUGGAGGACUCUGCCCCUCGUCCCACCAACAUGACUGACACUCUGAACAAGCUCAUCCAGGACACCCUUGUCUCACCUCCUGUUGCCGGGCAGACUUCGGACUUCGUGAACAAGAUCCUGGAGAACACUGGGCGUGGAGACCCGACCGGGGGACUGGUCGGCCUACGAGUCCCCACCUCCAAAAUGUAGAGCCCCUCUGGUCUCCUCAGAGCAGUGUCCUGUUGUAACUAUGCUCCUCUGCAUGCCCCUCCAGCCCAGAGACAUCCACAUCCAUAGUCCCACAGACACACAUGUUGAGUAUGUGUGCUUGUUUAGGCCCCUUAUGGUGUAGACCCUUUAGCUUUCUGUCUCACUGCGCACCUCUCCCUGCCCUCUGCGCAUGUUGGGAGGAGAGUUUCUUAAAAAGCAAAUGAGUAGGACGUCAAAAAUGCACCAGUGAUUCUUCUAGGUGUUCAACAUAAUGAUGUGUAAGCUAUUAACACAUUACACUGGUAUCGUUUCACUCAAUGAUCUAUGAUCUAUGAUAGAAAAAGAAAGAGUUUACUCAAAAAAUAACAUCAAUAUGAGCCUGUUACAGAAAAUGACUAGUUCAAAGCUCAUUGUUGACAAUGACUUUGGACUCAGAGAGGCUGCUGAGACAAAAGCAGCAUGGUGCUACAGUUUGGCUUGAAAUAUUUAGUAUUGAAGGCCUAAAUAUGUUCAUGCCCUUUCUGUUAUUGCCAAUCAAAUGAGCUAAACGGCAUCCAAAACACAACUACAGAUAACUGAAAGGUUUCAUUUAACUAUAGGAGGUGGUAGAGGAAGAGCAUAACGUUUGGUGCUUACAUCAGCCUUGUGCUGGUUGAAACUGGACUCAGAGAGGCGGCCAUUUUGGGAGCAGACUGAGGAAGAUGGUGGUGAUAGAGACAAUAUUGUGUGAUUGCUCCGUCUCCUUUAGGACGUGUACAUACCCACGCUCCCCUCUGUACAACGGACCGGGCGUGUCCAUAGUGUCUGAUCAGAGUGCUACUCAUUGUGCCUUGUGUGUGUGUUUGUGUACGAGUGAGUGGAGAACUGAACGAAUUGAUGUGAUUGGUCAGAACUCCCUGAGCUCUAGCCAAUGAGAGGACUUCUUUACAGUGAGUGUGAAUGCGGAGGACACCUAUGGUUCGUGUUCUGUUGUUUAAAGAUAUUUCUGAAUGUACAUAAGUGGAAGCUCUUGUUGCGUGAUGCCACAGAGUCUGUGUAAAUAGGAGGGCUCUGCAAUAGUUAACUCUUUGGUUUUUGGUACUCUUGUCUUUGGGGAUCAGGGGAGGGUUGACAGAUAUUUUUGUUUAGAGUUACAAAAAAUAUUUGCACACUAUAUUUUGAUUGUUUUUUGUACCAAAGACACAUGCAACGAAAUGGCGACCAGCCAGUUAAAGUAAGGUUUUGCACAGCUUACCUGACGCCGUAUUGAAUGUAAGAAUGUGGGAGGGUCAGGGAACCUCAGAGAACUGUGAAAUUAGCUUGGGUCCAAUUCUGUACAGAAAAGGAACAUUCAUUCUUUUUAUUAUUAUAAAUUUAUCAUCCCACCUGUGGGCCUCUGCAGCAGUGUGCUGCCUGGAGCUCCUCAUUCCUCCCUCCACAUGCUAAUUGUAUUAAAGGCGCCAAACCCAGAGCGCUUAAGUAGAUAAGCUAUGUUACAUUUGCCUGUUCGUCAAAAAGUCAUGACAAUAACCAAAACAUUUGUGUUUGAUUUUCUGACGUAGACAAGGUUUUAGUUAAUUCACAUGAAAUAACUCAAUUUUGUUUAAGUACUGUAUAUAAACAAACAAUGCUAAUCUAUCAAUGGUGUAAUGCCACUUUCACACAACGGAUUCAUUUAAGCAUGACACAUUUCUAAAGCCUAUCCUUACAUUUGAGAAACUUAGAUGAAAACACAAAAGCCAAAAAAAAAAAAAACUGUUAUAUUUUUGUAUUUAAGCUGCCUGUUUGCUUCUCGAAGGUUUGCAAGUAUUUGUCAGGGUUUAAUAUAAUCUGAAUGAAAGUGAAGGAGGAAAAAGAAGAGAGAUUCUAUAUAUAAGAUUUAUUGAACUAGUACUUAACUCGUCUUCAGCGGGCUGAAGCUGAGGGAAACUGAAAAUCAGGAAUUCACUUCUUAAAAAUAAAUGAUGCAAAGUUAAGCCAUGUGACAGAAAACCUUGUGUUAUAAUCAUAAACACAGAAACACCACGAAAAAGGGUGAAGAUAAAACUAUUGAAACUUGUUUAAUUCCAACUGUUGUCUCUAAAUGAGAUUCUACAAACUUUUUAGUGCACUUUAAAUGAACAAAAUCAGGUAUACCUUAAAUACUCCUCUUAGAGCCCAUUUUGGCCUGAGCAGUGAAUUGUUAAAAUGUAUACAUAACUAUUUGAAUGGGAUAAACACAUGCUGCUACCCAGAAUGCUUAAGGCUGGUAAACUCUGGAAAAACCAAACAAUUUCAAAUGGGAAAAAUCCAUGUUGGAAAAUGAUGCCCAUCUAGCUAAUACUAUUGACAUUUGAUUGAUUGUGCUGCUGUCAAAGUUAAAAUGCAAAUUAAUUAUUUAUAACAAUAUGAUAAAUGUAUAUUUUUUGAGUGACAUGGCUGUCUCUAAAUAAAUUUUGCCAACUGAAGUCAAUAUCCAAAACUAAGCUAAAGAUGACUAAAAUUGAGCUUAACUAAUUUUGAAAAAGAAAAGCAGUGAAUUUCAAAAUGUCCUCCUUCACUGAACGAACUCUGUUGAAGGUAUGGUCGGUUUGCAUCGAUAACUGCUAGCGCUACCACGUAUAUGAAUAUAUUUUUACUGUUUAAUGUUUUCUGUCUAAAAGGGAGAUUUGGUGCUUUUUUCUGAAACUAGAAUGACGAGUAUCUAUGAAUCUAAUUUACUCUUAGUCUAGGUGUAGCCUAUAGUGACUUGCUCUCCCUGACCGUCCAUAGCUAUUUUCUUAGUAGUUAUUUCGUUUUUGUAAAUACACUAUAAGUUAAUAUGUACCUUCUAAAUGUCCAAUAUAUGUAAAGAUAUUCUAUCUUGUAUGUUUGAAAACAAAAGCACUUUGUCCAAAAAAAGAAAAAAAAAAAAAAGAAAAAAAGAAAGCAUUUUUUCUUCCAUUUGCUGCUAAAGGCCUGGUAUGAAUGCUGCAAGUGCACUUGAUGACUACUCGCUUGGAUCUGUCAAGAGACAACCAAGAAAUAGUUUGUGUCCUGGCGAGGGCUAGAUCUAAAAGUUUUGGAGAGACGUCAUGAGGGACAUUUUUAGUACAGGUGGUAUAGGUCUCCUCCUGGUAGGCAUGGGACCGUUUAGGAUUUCAUGGUAUAAUAAUUAUGACAUUGCAUCUUACACUGUUACACACAACUAAACAUCCAGUAUGAAUUUCCCUUUUAGGUUAGAGAGAUAACAGUUAGUUCAGGCUGCUUUGCGAGUUAACCCUCUCUACUUAUCACAGCUUGAGAGUAUUGAGUUGUAGCCUGUUCGAACUGGAUUAGACAGUUUCUACCACGGAUUUUUGUCUUAUGAGUUUGGAAAUACAUUAAAAGAUUCUUCCUUGACCUGAGACAAGGCAGCCCCUGGCACAGUUGUCAAGUAUUCACUAUUGAAAAACCUUAAAAACUUACCUCACAAUUGUAACAAAAUGCUAACAAUAAUGCGCAGCAAUAUUUGACCCAAGAUGCAAAAAUACAAAUGCCCCAUUACGUCCUUGAUUGUCAUGAGUUGUCAAUACUGUGGCAUUUGCCUUAAUCCAGAUGACUGUCCCAUGCCUACCUCCAGAUCAUGUAUGGUGCGUAUAGGUGCGUGUGAUGUGUUUGUGGUCUUAAAAAGUGGAGGGUUUUUUAAACCAGGUCCCUUCAUUGAUCUGAUGCUGCCCCUUGGCGUCAUGAUUCAUUUGCCUUCAGUAGAGGUUUCCUAUGGAAAAACUGAUUCUGCUUUGGCUUCCUCUUCAGGGUGAUGUACAGCGUAGACAACAUUUCUCCAGAGCUAUAUUGUUAUCAUUUGUAAAACUGAUUUCUACUUGUGACUUAAAAUGAGGUGGGGUUUUGCCUUUGGUGGCCAAGAAGAGCUGAGUAAUAGCUGUUCUUAGCCACCAUUGGGGUAAGUAACUAUAUCACUGUACUGUAUGGCAAGCCAAUUAUAAAUGGAGAUUCAAUCCGGACACUUAUUGCCUUCUUAAUGAACUCUUCACAUACUCUGUAUGACAGUAAUAAAACAGGGCAGGACUUGUCUAAAACCGUUUGAUUUUGGCCAAGUCUUUGUCCCAAAAAGGUCAAAAAUCCAAAUCCACUUUGCCUGAUUGGCUCAAAACAACCGAAGUAGCAAGAAAAGGAGGAAUGUAUCUGGAGAAAAUUGCUUCUGAUGUUUGUGUGAAGCAACGUGUGUCAGCUUUAAUUAUUUCUCCCUCUUUCAAAAUGGGUUAACUGUGGUCAAAGUCUAUAAAACUACCAAUUUGACCGGGUCUUGCCCAUGCAGCGCUGACAAGAUAAAAAUGCGUUUUGUGGUCGAUCAAAAAGGCGCAAGCUGUGCAACUUUACAUUCAAACCAGAGGACUCUGUGGCAUUUUUAAUAGUGUAGGAGAUGAGUGAAUAUAUCCACGCCAGUAAAAUCUUUUCCUUACUUUAACUUUUUUAUUUCUGAUUACAGUAAAAUAUUAAGCUAAUAGAGUGUGUAACUUUGUGCUACUCUCGUCCGAUGACAGUGGAUAAUAACAUAAUAACAGCUCUUCUACAGAAAAUCAGGGUAUAAUAACUUCUUCAAUAUAUAAAUCAAAACAAAUAUUUAUGUAUUCCUGUAAUGUCGCCAUUCUUUAUUCAAUAUUGUGUGUGCGUUGUUAUGAAUCAAUGUCUGUCGAAGUGGUGCAAUGCUCAGUACAAAUUCACAAAACCGCCAACAUAAAUAUUAGACAAGAUAGACACCUUGUCCCAAAAUGUUUUUAAUUGUCACAUGGUGCUGCACAUUAACCGAGAAACAAUCCCCCAAAUUCAACUGGCAUCUGUAUUGAACCCUUCAUGGGAAGUUGUGAUAGAUGUUUUCAUUCGUGUGUCCAUUGAAGGCACGUGGACCAAUGAUCAUGUGUUUGUAAAAAUUUCCUUUGUGAAAACUAGACUCAUACAUUUGACUUCGCAAGCUCCUCACCAAGAAAAACAAUGUCAUAGAUAUUUCAAUACAACAAUCAAAACUAGGAAUGUGUAUCUGCAGUUGUAUUUUGUAAGUCAAAAACUACAAAUCCAAAGAUCUUUUACUAGUGUUGUAGUUGCUCCACCAAGACCUAAAUAGUCUAAUUGCGAUUUGAUACAUUUAAUUCAUUAAUUCUACAGCUAUUAUUAGGCAGGCUACUUACAAUGACUAAUGUUCCAUUUUGGAUGUCUUUUGUUCACAUAUUCUAAUAGUUUUACUCCUCACUAUUUUAAAAUUGUGAUCUAAAUUCAAUAAUCUAAAUUCCGAAAUGCUUAUUUUUUUCAACCUAAGGAAAAGCUUAGAUGUGGUGGAUUGCAGCACUAGGAUUUACAAUGACAAUGGAAAAACUAUGCAUUUUAAUGAACCACAAUCCUUACAACAUAGAUAUCUAUUUUAUGACAUUGAACUCUUUAACCCCAUAUCAAGUUAACCUAAUAAAACUGAAAAAAUAUAUUUUUUUAUCAUAGCAGCUGUUUUGUGAAGUCUCAUCUCUGAGUCUAGUUUAAGUGUAUAUCCGAUAUUUUGUUCAAACUAUGUGUUUCAGUUAGUGCUGGCUCCACACUCUCCUUGUGUAACAUAGAAUUUAAAGGAUGUGCUCUGAUACUCUGAUAUGGGAAUGUUCCUGCAUGCUGUUUACUGCAUCGAAACGAGAGAAUCAAGUUUAUGGAAAAAUAACAAUUGGCCAAAAAAUUUUGGUUUGUUAAAAGGUUUGUUUGUCAUUAUCACACAAUUGUUGCAUGGCUUUUUGGGCUCACUUUAUCCGAAUGAAUUUGUAUUUGCUGCUAUUGAAUGAGCACAAAAAGGUCUGUUUUAAUGACAAUUACCACACAUCCCUGUUAUUUAUCCACUUGUUUUAUUCCUAUUUUAUUCAAAAGACCAACAUUUUAACUCAACAUUACAUUAACCAUAAGUAAAGACAAUAUUUUAAAUGCGAUGCCUGCUUGAACCAGGUGCCUUAUUCAAAUAUAUUACACCAAUCGCCACUUUUGUCAGUCCGAAGGGGUAUUCCCAAAAGAAUUGCUGGGGCAGAUCAUGCAUUUCUCCCCAUAUAUUUUGUAUUAAGGAAAUAAGCUAAGAAAGACUAAGUUUUUGGGUGGCCUGGUCCUAUUUCAAAGUUUUUUCUCUGCCCACUAUGCCACGACAUUGUUGUAAUUUUUGUAUUGGCUGCUGCUACUAUUUUCACUGGUAUAGAGAGGAGAGAAGCGAACUUCCACUGUGUACAGAGGCUGACACUGUUGGUGAAUUUGAUAGUGUGGCUGCCUCUUAAAUAUGUUUCCAUAAAGAAAAUAUAACUAAAAUAAACUUUCUUUGCUCUAAUGAAGUGCCAGACCCUCCGAAAGUCGAAUGAGGAGGAAAACUGUGGUGCUAACCUGUCAGUGGCUGGGUGCUAUUAUGGCCGUGUUUAAAAAGCUGUAUUAUUAGCCAUAUUUUUAUUGCUCCUGUCCACAAAUCCAACUUUUUUUUCUUCUUUGUGUUUUUGUAGUUUGAGGUGAUUCUUUGCUGCUUCGUGGUUUGUUGAAUGUAAGUCUGUACUGUCUUCCCUGACAGCUCAUACGGACGUGCGGGAGACUCAAAAACGCUUUGUGUCUAAAUCCUUUCAAAAUUAAUUAUCAUUUAAAUAUUUAUGCUCUGACAAAUGUUGCACGUUUUAUUUUUGUGUUUUUUCCUUCUAAAUGUAUUUUUAUUGCCUUCUAAUCCUUGUUUAAGCAAAUAUAUAUAAAUAUAUAUCUAGUCACGCAAAGAAGAUAAAUAUAUUUUGUUUUUAGAGUGAAGCAGGUUUAAGUAGAAGUCAGACUAAUCAACUUAAAUGAAAGAUGAAUUAAAGUCACAAAGAAAUCCUGUAUGUCUUGCACUAAAAAACUUUCAUCUGUAAAUGUUUAUGUCAAUAUUUUAUCAUUGAAAUAUCUCCAAAUACUAAACAAUUUUCACAACAAUAGCAAUAUAUUUGCAGUUACAACAUUCUGUCCAAAUUUUACACCAAAUUGUCUAGGAGUUUGAAGUUUACAGUUGCGUUGUGACAAUAGUCAGUUGUUAAUACUGGUAAAUGUUCUCAUCAUUGGUCAGGAAAGCAGUGGUCAUAAAAACUGCACCUGGCCUUGACACAAGCUCUGAGAUUCUUUUGCAGGGUGAGAUUUUUCAAACUUGAGAUAAAAAAGAAGGUACACCAUUGUUAAAUUGUCUUUAUCACAUUAUUAUCAGUUGAUCUAUGGACGAUGAUGAAAGGAAGUUAAAGAACUUGAAAUUCCUAUGGUCAGCUAGCCAUAGGAGGAGAACAGAUACAUUCCCUUUGUGGGAAAAGAGUAAUUCAUUGAGAAAAUCUAACUUUUAAUAUUAUAUUUUGCAGUGUUUUCAGUUCAUGGGAAAGAGCCCAUAUAUUAUAUGUUUGAAAUCUCUUCCUGUAAAGACUUUCUGACAGCUUUGAUUUAGAAGUCUGGCCUAGCAUUCAAAUAUUCUAGUCCACUCUUUAUCAAAAAACAAAAAAGCCUACAAAAAUGUGUUCUAUUUCUCAGUAGUUUUCCCCUGCUCUGGAGAUGUGUCGUACCUUAUGGGUGCUUUCCAUUUUUUCAGAAGGGCUUAGGUCUGCGGUCGUCUCUAUACAGACUUAAGGCUGGUGGGCAGAGACCGCUCCUCUUGCUCCCCUCAGUGAAUCUGAGAGAGGGGCACAACUUCUCAUAAUCUGCAGACUGAAAUCAUUUUCUUUACAAUUCUUGAAAGCAAAACAACAAUCCAUCCUUGACAAUAACCUGUUUCUCUACUAUGUCCACACUGUCACCAUACUACAACACUGCAAUGAUUUACAUCUCCUACCAGAUUUGCCAAAAUGCAGGACUGAUGAGCGAGAGAAAAGAAAUUAUAUAUUGUCAUCAAUUUAGUUUUGAAUACAAAUGACCAACAGUAAUAUCCAUACAAGUCCUAUAUUGUGGUAAGCAUCUGUCAUUCUGAGCUCCACAUGCACCAUUGUAAAGAUGCUCCUGGUCUUGUAUGGUGAAAACGACUUAUUAUUAUACAACUUUAGAUGAAUAGCAUGGGAUUUAUUCGUAGUAAGUUAUAGUCCUAUGUGUUAUUCCUCUCCCCAAUCUUUGUAGGAAGCCUGUACUUCAUUGCUCAGUGCUCUCCAAUAGAUCUCUUGGUUUAAAAAAAAAAAAGAAAAUAUCACAACAAAACCUGCAGAAUUAAGUGUAUCCUGCUGAAACUAACUUGAUCCUCUCUUUAGCGACAACGUCUCUAUUUGUAGUUCACAUAUAUGCCUGUUCAAAUACAAUAUCUUGACGGCUGUUAGAUUUAUGUUGUGUAUUAAAUGUUGUGCUGGUUUUUACUUUUUGUUUAACUUUUUACUUUCACUUCAAAACUUUUUUUUUUUCUUGGAGGUACUGUGGUUGGCUUUAUGCACAGAUAUAAAUUGUUGUUUUGGUUCGUACUGUAAGGCUGGUUCUGUCAAUGGUUGCUCGACUUCCUGCAGACACUUGCCCUGAAUCAAUGCGUUGUGUUAUUGUGCCUCUUUUAUUUUGUCUUUUCAAUUUUUUUAAUUUUUUUUUUCUCUGUUGUAUCAGCCAGGAGUUGAUACCACAGCUCUGCUUGUAACCACAAUAGUCCAAUUCUGUUUAUUGAUUUAAUAUCAAAAUAAAAAUAAAAAAAAACAUUAGCACCCCA